AUGGGGUUCCACUUUUGUGUUGGCAGCCCAGCUGGGCUGCGGAGUCGGCGCCUGGCCGGCCGGUCCCCGCUGCUGGUCGUGCCGCCUGGCCGACUCGGAGACCACGGUCUUCCGUCAAAGAAAAAAGGACUGAGUGCAGAAGAAAAGAGGACGCGCAUGAUGGAAAUAUUUUUUGAGACGAAAGAUGUAUUUCAACUAAAGGAUAUGGAGAAGAUUGCUCCUAAAGAGAAAGGCAUUACUGCAAUGUCAGUAAAAGAAGUCCUUCAGAGCUUAGUGGAUGAUGGCAUGGUUGACUGUGAGAGGAUUGGAACUUCAAAUUAUUAUUGGGCAUUUCCAAGUAAAGCUCUUCAUGCACGGAAGCGUAAAUUAGAGAUUCUGGAGUCUCAGUUGUCUGAAGGAAGCCAAAAGCAUGAAAACCUACAAAAAAGUAUCGAGAAAGCAAAAAUUGGUCGGCAUGAGACAGAAGAACGAACCAAGCUAGUAAAGGAGCUUUCUUCCCUUCGACACCAACAGGAACAGCUCAAGGCGGAAGUAGAAAAAUAUAAAGAAUGUGACCCACAAGUAGUGGAAGAAAUACGUCAAGCAAAUAAAGUAGCCAAAGAAGCUGCGAACAGAUGGACAGAUAACAUAUUUGCAAUAAAGUCUUGGGCAAAAAGAAAGUUUGGAUUUGAAGAAAAUAAAAUUGAUAAAAACUUUGGAAUUCCAGAAGACUUUGACUACCUAGACUAA